GCUUAAGUUUACAGACUUUGCCUGACCCUUAUAAGCACGAAGAAGAAUCUUGUCAGCCAUUUGUUUGUGAGCCCACGCUAAUCUUAAUCAGCGGUUUGCUCAAUGCUUGUAUGGUGGAUGACAAUACCAGCAGAUUGAUUUUGACCAAAUUUGACUAGUGAUUUUGACAUUAAAGCAGAUAAAUGCUGCUCUUCUACUUCAAAAUGAUCCCAAGGAACGAAUGAAAUCAACGAAUAAUCAUUAUGAGCUUCAAAAAGACAAAUAAUUCAAAAAUUAAGUCGUUUGUUACCGAGGAGGAAGCCCAGGACGCCAAGGAGAAACGUCAAAAGGAAUGGGAAAGAGUCAGAAAGCCCGAUGACCCUUUAGAAAAAAUGUUCCGCGGGAUCGAUAAUGACGAAGCUGUCUUUCUCGAGUUUGCUUCCAAGCAACAGGCAGAAGUUGACCGCAGACGUUUUGCUCUCACUCCAGAGAUUAAAGACUACAGAGAUGAAGUUGCAAAGUUUAAUAUGACUGUAGCCGUCUCAACCCCAGCUGCUGUGGGAAAAGAAAAAGCCUCCAAUGCUUUAUUGGGAAAGAAGAAAUCACAGUUGGAACUAUUGGCUGGCUGCAUUAAACGACGGCGGAGUGAUGUGGAGACGAGCGAGGACGAAAAAUCUGACGAUCAAAACUUCUCCAAAAAAGAGCCAGCUGUCGAAAAAUCGUCACAAAACGAGGAAAAUUUUGAAAAGACCUCGGAAUGCAAAAACUCUGAUACAGAGACUAAACACUUUCCACAAACUGCGAAAAAGGCGCAAGAAAAAGACGAAAAUGGUUCGGUUGCCUACAACCUUGGCUUCAUAGCGAGUCUUGGUGACUACUCAGACUCUAGCGAUUCGGAAUCCUCAUCAAGCGACUCGGAUAUUUUACCAUCGCUUUUAAGUAACAUCGAAUCAAAACCGACGAACUGAAACUUCAAAAAUCAAAUUCGGAAUUACAAGAAGGGCAUUCGCCAUCAUUUGGAUUUGACGUUAAGCUUUGGGAAAAUCGAAUGCUUUUAAGAUUGAACAAAAUGACAUUAGUAAAUAUGGCAUCAAGUCAACAGAUUGCAAAUUCCAUCAAUUGUAAGUUGUAAGUCAUGAUAAAUUUUAAAAUUGGAUCACGUAUUGUUUCAGCUGUGAAAUGAAAACUUGACAUUCGCGAUAGCUCAAAUAUUUCUUUGAAUAAAGGCACGUUUCGAAACAAACUAAACGAUCCUUUUACAAAACAUCACCUUGUAGAAACAUUAAUGACACGUAAUGGAAAAUUGCAACAAUUCCUUAAAUAAAAUCAAUAAUUACAA